AUGUCAUCCGACUACAAUAUCACCAUCCCCCACCCUCACCCACCCUCAGCCACCCUCACCCACCAUCCCCCACCCUCAGCCACCAUCACCCACCAUCCCCCACCCUCAGCCACCAUCCCCCACCCUCACUCACCCUCACCCACCCUCAGCCACCCUCAACCAUCCACCCUCACCCACCCACCCUCACCCACCCACAGCCACCCUCAGCCAACCUCAGCCACCAUCCCCCACCCUCAGCCACCAUCACCCACCACCCCCACCCUCAGCCACCAUCCAUCACCCACCAUUCCCCACCCUCAGCCACCAUCACCCACAAUCCCCCACUCUCAGCCACCAUCACCCACAAUCCCCCACCCUCAGCCACCAUCACCCACCACCACCCACCAUCCCCCACCCUCAGCCACCAUCCCCCACCCUCACUCACCCUCACCCACCCUCAGCCACCCUCAGCCACACUCACCCACCCUCAGCCACCAUCCCCCACCAUCCCCCACCCUCACCCACCCUCACCCACCCUUACCCACCCACAGCCACCCUCAGCCACCAUCCCCCACCCUCAGCCACCCUCACCCACCAUCCCCCACCCUCACCCACCCUCACCCACCCUUACCCACCCACAGCCACCCUCAGCCACCAUCCCCCACCAUCACCCACCAUCCCCCACCCUCAGCCACCAUCCCCCACCCUCACUCACCCUCACCCACCCUCACCCACCAUCCCCCACCCUCACCCACCCUCACCCACACUCACCCACCCUCAGCCACCCUCACCCACCAUCCCCCACCAUCCCCCACCCUCACUCACCCUCACCCACCCUCAGCCACCCUCAGCCACACUCACCCACCCUCAGCCACCCUCACCCACCCUCACCCACCCUCACCCACCCUCACCCACCCACAGCCACCCUCAGCCACCACCCCCACCCUCAGCCACCCUCACCCACCAUCCCCCACCCUCAGCCACCCUCACCCACCCUCAGCCACCAUCACCCACCAUCCCCCACCCUCAGCCACCAUCAGCCACCCUCAGCCACCCUCAGCCACCAUCACCAACCCUCACCCACCCUCAGCCACCCUCACCCACCAUCCCCCACCCUCACCCACCCUCAGCCAGCCUCACCUACCAUCAGCCACCCUCAGCCACCAUCCCCCACCAUCCCCCACCCUCAGCCACCAUCCCCCAUCAUCAGCCACCAUCCCCCCACCCUCAGCCACCAUCCCCCACCAUCAGCCACCAUCCCCCACCCUCAUCCACCCUCACCCACCCUCACCCACCCACAGCCACCCUCAGCCACCACCCCCACCCUCAGCCACCAUCACCCACCAUCCCCCACCCUCAGCCACCCUCACCCACCCUCAGCCACCAUCACCCACCAUCACCCACCCUCAGCCACCAUCACCCACCCUCAGCCACCCUCAGCCACCACCCCCACCCUCAGCCACCAUCACCCACCAUCCCCCACCCUCAGCCACCAUCACCAACCAUCACCAACCCUCACCCACCCUCAGUCACCCUCACCCACCAUCCCCCACCCUCACCCACCCUCAGCCAGCCUCACCCACCAUCACCCACCCUCAGUCACCAUCAGCCACCCUCCCCCACCCUCAGCCAACAUCACCAACCAUCACCCGACCUCAGCCACCAUCACCCACCAUCCCCCACCCUCACCCACCCUCACCCACCCUUACCCACCCACAGCCACCCUCAGCCACCAUCCCCCACCAUCAUCAUUUACCAUCAGCCACCCUCAGCCACCAUCACACACCCUCAGCCACCAUCCCCCACCAUCCCCACCCUCAGCCACCAUCCCCCAUCAUCAGCCACCAUCCCACCACCAUCAGCCACCAUCCCCCACCCUCAGCCACCAUCCCCCCACCCUCAGCCACCAUCCCCCCACCAUCAGCCACCAUCCCACCACCAUCAGCCACCAUCCCACCACCAUCAGCCACCAUCCCCCACCCUCAGCCACCAUCCCCCACCAUCCCCCACCCUCAGCCACCAUCCCCCAUCAUCAGCCACCAUCCCACCACCAUCAGCCACCAUCCCCCACCCUCAGCCACCAUCCCCCACCCUCAGCCACCAUCCCCCACCAUCAGCCACCAUCCCCCCACCAUCAGCCACCAUCACCCAUCAUCACCCACCAUCCUGCACCGUCAGCCACCAUCCCCCCACCCUUAG